UUGAAACAACUGAAACAAGAAAUUCAAAUCCUCAAAACAUGGAACCUGCAAGAGAACUAACCAAAACUCUUCUCAACAACACCAAGAACCCUAAAUUAGCAUGGCAGAUCUUCAAACGAAUCGCCUCAAAUCCCCAAUUCCCUUCAGAUUCUUUCAAUAAAUCACUUCCUGUGGUCACACGUAUCCUAAUUGGCGCCAAAAUGUUCACCGAAAUCAACAAUCUCCAACAACUAAUCCUCCAAUCCCACACUUCAGAUCACACAUUACUCUUGCUCAUGCGAGUUUUAGCACAAUUGGGUCAUGUUAAUCUUGCUGUUUCUCAGUUGCAAGCGUUUAGAUCUCACCACCCUGAUAAACCCAUUUCAAUUUCAUUGUAUAAUUUACUUAUUCGGUUUUCGAUUCGAGAUAAUCACCCGGAUUGUGUUCGGGUGCUGUAUGAAGAUAUGGUUGUGUGUAGGGUGCCCUUUGAAACGUAUACUUUUAACCUCUUGAUUGGUGGGUUGUGUGAUUCUGGGUGUUUGGAAGAUGCACGGAAGGUGUUUGAUAAAAUGCGUGAGAGAGGGUGUGUGCCGAAUGAGUUUAGUUUUGGGAUUCUGGUUCGCGGGUAUUGUCGGGCUGGACGUGCUGGUGAGGGUUUGGAGCUUUUGGAGGUGAUGAGGAGUAUGGGGGUUGGGUCUAAUAUUGUUGUUUACAAUACGUUGGUUUCGGCUUUUUGUAAGGAAGGUAAGACGAAUGAAGCGGAGAAGGUAGUGGAGAUGUUACGAGAGGAUGGUCUUGUUCCGAAUGUGGUCACUUUUAAUUCUAGGAUCUCGGGUUUGUGUGGUUCUGGAAAAGUUUUGGAGGCUUCGAGGAUCUUUAGAGAUAUGCAAGUUGACAACGAAUUAGGCUUGCCUCAGCCGGAUAUGAUAACGUACAAUUUGAUGCUUGAUGGUUUUUGCAAGGAAGGAAUGAUGGAAGAAGCGAAGACGCUGAUUGAAACCAUGAAGGAAACCGGUGUUGGUUUGAAAGUGGAAAGUUAUAACAUUUGGUUGUCGGGUUUGGUGCGAAAUGGAAUGCUUUUGGAAGCGCAAGGAGUUCUUAACGAGAUGGCAGAAAAGGGCGUACAACCGACUAUUGUCUCAUACAAUAUCUUGAUGAACGGUCUGUGCAAGAAUGGUAUGUUGCGUGAUGCGAAAACGGUCAUGAGUUUGAUGAAAAAUGGUGGUGUGACUCCUGAUGUGGUAUCAUAUAGCAUCCUACUUCACGGCUACUGCAAAAAAGGGAUGAUAAGUGAAGCUAAUAAACAUCUAAAUAUCAUGAUCGCCAAUGGCUGUUUUCCGAAUAAUUACACUUGUAAUAGUUUGCUCGAAAGCCUUUGGAAAGAAGGGAAAGUAUUAGAGGCGGAAGAACUGCUGAAAAAGAUGAAAGAAAGGGGUUAUGCGUUGAAUAUGGUGACGUAUAACAUUGUUAUUGACGGGCUAUGUAAACUCGGCCAGGUGGACAAAGCCGUUGAAACCAUGCAUGAUUUGUGGGAUCAAGAGGAUACUGAUGGUAACGAUAAUAAUAGUUGUAAGCCUGACUUGAUAACGUAUUCCACCAUAAUUAACACGUUAUGCAAAGACGGGAAGCUUGACGAAGCGAAAAAGAAGUUCAUUGAAAUGAUAGGGAGAAACGUAUACCCCGAUUCGGUCAUUUACGACAUAUUCGUCUCUAAUUUAUGUAAAAAGGGAAAGGUAUCUUCAGCGUUUCGGGUUCUUAAAGAAAUGGAGAAAAAAGGGUACAACAAGAGCCUGCAAACGUACAACUCGUUAAUCCUCGGGUUAGGAAUGAAGAGUCAGUUCUUCGAAAUGUACGGGUUGAUGAACGAAAUGAGAGAACGAGGUAUCGCUCCCAAUGUUUCUACUUACAAUAACAUGAUAAGAUGUCUAUGUGAAUCGGGGGGUCAAACCGACGAUGCCACUAAGUUAUUAGACGAAAUGUUGGAUAAAGGCGUAUCUCCUAACAUUUCGACUUUCAAGUUGUUAAUAAGACCAUUAUGCCAGAUAGGAGAAUUCAGACCGGCACAGGAGGUGUUUAAUAUAUCAUUAAGUAUAUUCGGUCAUAAAGAAACGCUUUACAGCUUCAUGUUCAACGAGUUAGUUGCGGGAGACGAGCUCUUGGAAGCAAAAGACGUUUUCAUGUCUGCGUUGGAUCGAUGUUUCUUCGGCAUUGCUAAUUUUUCGUAUCAAGAUUUCAUCAACAGACUCUGCAAGGCUGAAAUGUUGGAAUGUGCUACUGAAGUUGUCAAGAAAAUGGUUAAAAAAAGAUACGCGUUUGAACCUGCAUCGUUUAUGCCAGUAAUUGAUGGUUUGCGCAUGACGGGAAAUAAUCGCAAUGCUGAUGAGUUUGCUGAGUUGAUGCUUGAGAUGGGUUCUGAGGUUAAGGUUUCUAAUCAAGUUACUAAGGUGUAUAAGCGUAGAAAAGUUGUGAAUAACGAUGAAAGCAAUUGGCGGAACGUACUCCACAGAGAUGAUGGCAGUGGUGCAACACUGAAAAUUUUGAAUAAGAUACAGAAAGGAUGGGGGUAUGAAAGAAUAUUAUUAAAUAUGCAGUCUCCAAAGUAUGUAUGACUUCCUUGAUGAAUGAAGGUGUACUGAUCAGACUUUUAAAGUAUUAAGUGAGUUAUCAUAAGUAAACCUACCUUCUAAUGGUAUAUAAUUAUUUAUAUAUACACACA